UAAUAGGAGACACACGACCAUGUCCUGGAGCCUGACCGCCCACCAGAAAAGACUACUCAAGUGAGUUGGACUUCUUCCACUGGAGUGAGAAUUGAAGGCUGGGAGACUCAGCCUCCAUCAUGUGGAACGCCUCCGAAGCCAACUUCUCCUGCUACCAUGAGUCCGUACUGGGCUAUCGUUAUGUUGCAGUUAGCUGGGGGGUGGUGGUAGCUGUCACCGGCACCGUGGGCAACGUCCUCACCCUGCUGGCCUUGGCCAUCCAGCCCAAGCUCCGCACCCGCUUCAACCUGCUCAUCGCCAACCUCACCGUGGCCGAUCUGUUGUACUGCACCCUUCUCCAGCCCUUCUCUGUGGACACCUACCUCCACCUGCACUGGCGCACCGGCGCCACCUUCUGCAGGGUCUUUGGACUCCUCCUCUUUGCAUCCAACUCCGUCUCCAUCCUGACCCUCUGCCUUAUUGCCCUGGCACGCUACCUCCUCAUUGCCCACCCUAAGCUCUUUCCCCGAGUUUUCAGUGCCAAGGGGAUGGUGCUGGCACUGGUGAGUACCUGGGUGGUAGGCGUGGCCAGCUUCGCCCCUCUCUGGCGCAUCUACAUCUUGGUGCCUGUAGUCUGCACCUGCAGCUUUGACCGCAUCCGAGGCCGGCCCUACACCACCAUCCUCAUGGGCAUCUACUUUGUGCUGGGGCUCAGCAGCGUCGGCAUCUUCUACUGGCUCAUCCACCGGCAAGUGAAGCGAGCAGCACAGGCGCUGGAUCAGUAUAAGCAGUCAAGUAUCCACUCCAACCAUGUGGCUGGGACAGAUGAGGCCACACCUGGUCGUUUCCAGGAGCUGGACAGCGGGCGGGCAUCAGGAAGGCCCAGCGAGGGGAUUUCGUCUGAGCCGGUCAGUGCUGCCACCACCCAGACCCUGGAAGGGGACUCAUCAGAGGUGGAGGACCAUCCCAGCAGGGAGGCAGGUCAGCAGGCGGCAGAGAAAAGCCAUCCAGAAGCACCUGCCAAGAGCAGGCCGACCAAAAGAGCCCAAAGAACUCAGGACUCUCCAUCAGAGUUUGGGAAGGUGACCCGAAUGUGUUUCGCUGUGUUCCUCUGCUUCGCUCUGAGCUACAUCCCCUUCUUGCUGCUCAACAUCCUGGAUGCCAGGGUCCGCGCUCCUCGGGUUGUCCACAUGCUCGCUGCCAACCUCACCUGGCUCAACGGUUGCAUCAACCCUGUGCUCUAUGCAGCCAUGAACCGUCAGUUCCGCCAAGCCUACGGCUCCAUCCUGAGACGAGGGCCCCAGAGUUUCCGUAGGCUCCGUUAGAACUGUGUUCCCCAGUCACCAGGAUCCAGCACUGUCUCCUCCAGAACAGAGCUAAAGUGGCCAGCUGGUAGGGGAGCAGACGAAAGGAAGGCCUGUGGGCAUUUUCACAGACAACUUCCCCCCAUCCCCAAACCAGGCUUCUCCAUCCCUUGAUCGAUGCUUCAGCUCGAGGCUGCCCAAGAUGCAUUAUUAAUUAUUAAUAAAUGAAUUCUAUCCUUCUA